AUGUCGUUUUCAGGACGAAAUGAGCUUAUCGCUCGAUAUAUCAAACUUCGAUGUGGCAAAACGCGAACUCGGAAACAGGUCUCAUCACAUAUUCAGGUGUUGGCACGGAAGAAAAUGCGUGACGAACAAGCCAAGAAAAAGGUAUGCAGCGCUGCUUUUGUUCUCCUUUGCAAAACAUUGAUCCGUAGAUCUGCUCGAUUUCAGACACUCAAAUUGGACACAGUCAUAGAGAAGUACCCGAAAUUGCUCACGGAACUCUUUGAACGUGGUCCAUCGGAUGCGUUUUUCCUAGCAAAAUGCUGGGCAAAUGUCUCUUUCGACUCUUCCGAUACUGAAAACAGCCUGUACGCGGUCGACUCGUAUUACCAUUCCCAGCAAAAGUUCGACAUCAGUGUCUCGACGAAAGUCUGCUCUUUCGGUAAUGAAGUCGUCGAGAAAGUAGAGGUCUACUCACCUGACGAAGAGAAUGGACAUUACUCAUUCCGAUUGGAACGGUCACCAAUCUGUGAGUACAUGGUGAAAUUCAUUUCCGAGUUGAAAAAGCUCGAAUCUCGCGACUACAUGAACAAUGUACUCGAGAACUUCACUGUCCUUCAGGUUGUUACGAAUCAAGCCACCGGUGAAACCCUCAUGGUAAUUGGUUUCGUAUUCGAAGUGAACGAUCUUCCCGAAGCAAAUUGCUCCAUUUUCCGAUUGGUUGCCUAA